AUGGGGAUAACACCCCCAGGGGUAGCUGGGUACCUUAGACCCCCAAAACCUGCCCUUGGUACCACAAGGAUCAAGCCGGUCCUUCAGGUCCUCACUCUAUACCUGUCUCCCCUGGAAUACAACAACAACAUGGGGAUAACACCCCCAGGGGUAGCUGGGUACCUUAGACCCCCAAAACCUGCCCUUGGUACCACAAGGAUCAAGCCGGUCCUUCAGGUACCGCUGAGAAUUAAGAGACAUUGUUUAGCUGGCUAUAAACUCGAAAACAGUGAAUGUGUUGAAUGUAAAACAGGAUACACUGGCCUGAAAUGUGAGAUAAAAUGUCCAUAUCCCUCGUACGGGUCGAAAUGCCAGCAGCUUUGUAACUGCAGUGAAACUAACUGCAACUCUGUGUCGGGAUGUUAUGGUUCACUUCACACAUCCUCAGAUUUUCUUUUCAAAUCUUCAACACAAAACAAUGGAAAUCCAAUUUCGACAAAUAAUCUGUUCGUGGCGAAUGCAAGAGCAAUGAACAUAUCAGAAAAAGAAGAUUUGAACAAUACGACAAAAACUUUUUUGAGUAUUUUUUUUGUCAUAGGAAUUAUCGGUUUCUGUUUAAUUACACUGAUGAUAUUAAACAUUUUCUUACGAACUCCAUGUGGAGAAAAGGUGUACAUUUCUCUUAUGAAUCGAUAA